AUGUCGUCGCCACCGCCCGCGUCUACCACGCCAGCCGGCCCGCUGCCCGCCUCUACGGCCGCCGCCACCACCACCGCCGCCGCCAUCACGCCGCCUUCCGCCCCGCCGCCGACUCCUGUCGUCUACACCCCCGAGCGGAUGAGCGGGGCCAACAAUGACCUCGUCACCGCCGUCCAUGGGAUCCGGCUCUACCCGAUCGCUGCUGCCGCCCCCGCCACCUGCCCUGCCCUGGCCGCCGUGGCUGCCGCCCCUCACCACAGGGCCGGCCUCCACCGCCACGAGCGACAUCCCUAUUCAGCAAGCCCACUUCCCCCGUUGCCAUCACCGCUACCGGAUUGGAUCACCGAGUCGUCGUCGCCCCCACCGGUCUACUCGACAGCCGGGGAUCCACCGAUGCCCACCCUCCCGGACGCCACAACCGUGGGGUUCGCGGGACCCUACGCCGGCCGCGCCGCGCCAUACGGCCAUGGCGGCGCUGCCCCGACACCGCCACGCUUCACCAAGCUCGACUUCGCCACCUUCGACGGCUCGGAGGACCCCCUCAACUGGCUCAACCAGUGA